AUGGCUUGCCCCGACGUAAAUAUAACCACCCGCCUACGCGAAGCCAUCGCCAAUUGGAAUACGCAUCUUCAAGGUAUCAAAGAUCCGGACGAUGUCUUUCGCCAGGAGCGAGCCCGUAUAAGCGACGCGUCGAAGAAACGAAUCGACGAGUUUUAUCUCAAUACCCUGCGGGACAAUGACAACAACAACAACAACAACAAUAACAACGACGACGACGAUAAUGUUGCCCUUCUUUUGCGAACCCUCCUCUCUGAUGGUCAGCAGAUGAAGGAACUUGAGAUGGAGCACGAAGUUACCCGAACCAAGAAGCAAGAGCUACAAGAUGAAGUAGCUAAGAGUGUAGGGAGAAGGGUUGUCGCAGAUGUAAUCGACAUCCUAGGCCUCUCUGCAGAGCAGCAUCUGAUGCCUGCAGUACCUCCCCCAUCAGAAGAGGCUACAUCGACCACCAAAGACCACGUCGACAGCGCGAGCCUGCCAGUUCCCGAUGAUUCGGACGCACCAGCAGCUACAAUGGGGCUUACCACGCGAACCCGAAGCUACAACAGACGGAAGAAUGGUGGAGCCCGUCAGAAGGUGGCGCCAUCGAUAGGCCCAUCCGUAAGCGAGGGUGAUAGCUCGCUCAAGAGAAAGCGUCAGCCAGAUAAAGACGACGAGCGGAAUAUAAAGCAGGAAAAGAAGACACCCCGGGUCUCAACAAGACAAACCCCGUCUUCUCCUGGAAAUGCCAAGUUUGACAGCGUAAGAUCAUUGCCGGCGCCUUGUACUAGAUCGGGUGAUUUACUUCAGCAUAGCAAUGAGAAAGAUGUCAUCUCCAGCAGGAAGGCAAUAGAGUCACAGUACAAGAACAUCAGACUUGAUGUCAGCCGCCCCUCUGCUCGUGUAAUGCUCCGGAGACAUCCCUCUCGACGCGGUCUGUGGACUUGCUUGAUAUUCGUUCCGCAAGUCCAGGCGGAUAUGAGCUUUGAUACUAUGGUCAACCGAUUUAUCAUGCCUGCAUUCGUCCAGCUCGCCAAUCGCCGACGAACGGGAAAUAUCCGGGAGGGCCAAGCAGCUCUGGAAAAUGCGCAGCCACCUGUGAAUACUCGCAGUAGCCUCAACAGUACUGGAGAGGGAGAAGUAGAGAUGGAGAAGGAGCAGUUUGAAAGUACGGGAGAGCAAUAGCUUCGGUGUGCCGUGGAAACGAUAUAGCGUCUGUAAGCUCAAACGAGGAGUAAUAUUGAAAAGCGUUUUACGACCCAGUCCAUCUACUAUCACGUGAGAACUAAAUGCGCGCUGGGUAGGAAUAUAGAUUUAUCCGCAGUUACUAGGUCUGCGCUCUGUUCAGCACCAAAGACACUAUGACGCGCCACGGUCCUGGGCCGCCCG